AUGCCUCCCAAGAAGUCGUCUGCAAGGUCAAAACAGCCCCCCAAAAUAGACCCAGACUCGUCCUUCACCCCCGAGUCCUUCGAGAAGGAGCUCAAGAACCUGGCCGCAAAGGCAAAGGACGAGACGUGGGCCAGGUGGCUCCUCGAGCAGGCCUCCGUCUACCUGAGGUCCUCCCUCCUCCUCGGCCUGGCCGCCGUCUACGCCAACGUCUCCGAGCUGGCCUUGUCGCCCGUCUACGGCUCCAUCCCCGUGUCGAUAUGGCACGACAGGCUCGUCAUGGCCGCCUGCUUCGUCGGCUGGGCAUGCAACCUGCACCUUGGCCGCAUCCUCCCCGUCAGGAUAGCCUACCUGCUUCCCAUCGUCGCCCUGUACAUCCCCGUCGCCCAGUUCUUCCUCUUCAAGCUCAGCGGCACCCUCACUGCCUACCACGGCCCCUUGAUCACCGAGGCCCUCACACUGGCCCCGCUCAUCGUCUUGUCCGUCGCCUGCACCGCCACCUACCUUGAUGGGGCAGACCUGUCCGCCCUGCCCGGCUUCAUACGCGAUGCCUCGCCCGGCAUCGCUUCCUACUUCUACUACAGGCUUGUCGAGAACCUGUCUGCCGGCCUCCUGGCACGGUACAUCGGCAAGGCCAUCUUCCAGACCCGCGUGGUCCUGGAAGCAAUCCUCGGCGCAUCCUACGCCCUUUUCGCCCCUUCCAAAUUCCUGGUACUCACUCUGCCCGCAUUGCUGCAUACUGCCUUCUUCAACACCCAUGUCAUGACGUCCAUGGCGACCAGGUCUUUGAAUAGCACCCUGCUGGCCAACGACUGGAUACUGCAUGACCGGAGGGAGUCCCUGACUGGCUAUAUAUCGGUCGCGGACAACCUCAAGACGGGCUACCGGGUCAUGAGGUGCGAUCACAGCCUUCUCGGCGGGGAGUGGGUCCGAUACAAGGGCGUGAGAGUCGCGGAGCCCAUCUAUGGCGUCUUCACCAUGCUCGAGGGAGUGAGGCUUGUUGAGGUUCCAGAGCCGGUCCCCGACAGUGAGGCCAAGGCCCUCGUAAUCGGGCUCGGCAUCGGUACCACACCGGCAGCCCUUGUGGCACAUGGUGUAGACACGACGGUGGUCGAGAUUGAUCCUGUCGUGCACGAGUUCGCCUCAAAAUACUUCCAGCUCCCGUCCAACCACACGCCCGUCAUCGCGGAUGCGGUCACUUAUACGGCAGACCUGGUCAACAAGACAACCGACCAGUUUGAUUACAUAGUCCACGACGUCUUCACUGGUGGCGCCGAGCCCAUAGCGCUGUUCACGCUCGAGUUCCUCCAGAAUCUCGAGGCGCUCCUUAAGCCCAAUGGCGUCAUCGCUAUAAACUACGCCGGGGAUUUCGCCCUUCCACCGCCCAAAAUCGUUGUCCAUACCAUCAAGCAGGUGUUUCCAUCCUGCCGUAUCUUCCGCGAGAACCCUCGUGACGAGGAUGUCAUCGAGAAGGAGAAACGCGACUUUACAAAUAUGGUAAUCUUCUGCGUCAAGACCGACCGCCCCGUUACGUUCCGUAAGGCCACCGCCGCGGACCUACUCCAAAGCCGCACCCGGGAGCACUUUCUUGUACCCAAGCACGAGGUUACUGACAAGGACUUUAUGGCCGUCGAGGAGGCCAGCGUUCUGAGGAGUAAUGAUACUGCGGCACUGGCUAAGUGGCACGAGAAGAGUGCUCUGGGACACUGGGAGGUCAUGCGAAUUGUGCUGCCGGAUGUCAUAUGGGAGCAGUGGUAG